AGGGUUCUGCUAAAUGACUAAAAUGUAUGUGGAGAUUUCAUUCAGGUCUCCCUGUUUUAAUCACUCUGUUUGUCUUUGGCAGAAGACCGACCAGACUCAGAGGAACCGGAGCCGUCUGAACCAGCGAGACUACACACUGUUCCCAGUGUGGAAAGAGUUUUACCCAUUUAGGGAAUCUUAAAACCAUAAAGAGAACACAUGCAGAGAAGAAGUCUUACAACUGCUCUCAGUGUGGAAUGAGUUUUACCCGGUUAGGGAACCUAAAAUCGCAUGAGAGAAUACACACAGGAGAGAAGCCUUACCACUGCUUCCAGUGUGGAAAGAGAUUUAUCGAGCCAGCACAACUGAAAGUUCAUUGGAGAAAACACACAGGGGAAAAACCAUUCCAAUGCUCUCAGUGUGGAAAUACAUUUUCCCGAUCAGGGGACCUGAAAUCACAUGAGMGAACACACACAGGGGAAAAGCCUUACCACUGUUCCAAUUGUGAAAAGAGUUUCAGUUGGUCAGGGCAACUGAAAGAGCAUAAGAGAAUACACACAGGAGAAAAGCCAUUCCAAUGCUCGCAGUGUGGAAAGAGUUUUACCCGGAUAGGGAACCUGAGAACACAUGAGAAAAUGCAUACAGGAGAAAAGCCGUUCCAAUGCUCUCAGUGUGGAAAGAGUUUUACUCAAUUAAGGAGCCUGAAAAGUCAUGAGAGGACACACACAGGGGAGAAGCCUUUCCAAUGAUCUCAGUGUGGAAACGGUUUUACCCGGUUAGGGUACCUGAAAACACAUGAGGUGACACACAAAGGAGAGUAGCCUCACCUCUGCUCCCAGUGUGAAAGAGUUUUACCCAAUUAAGGGUCCUGAAAGAGCAGGAGAGACUCUUCAUGUCACUGCUCAUUGUGGAAAGACAUGUUCUGGUUUUGACUGAGAAUUUGUGUUUUUGUCAUGAAAUCUAAUUGUCUAUAUUAAAUCAUACUCACAAAUAGGUCGACAUUUGUUUUUUUUAUAUUUGAGAUUCUUCAAAGUAGCCACCCUUUGCCUUGAUGACAGCUUUGCACACUCUUGGCA